UUUGAUCUGUAAUCUUUCCUCAAGAGCCUACGAUUGCACUGCUGACAAACCAUAUUUUUCUUGGCUUAUUUUCCAAUAGGAUUUCGAGAAGGCCGACGUCUUCUGGUGGGAACUGGCUGUAGCGCGAGAAAGUCGCUCCGAAGCUCAUUUCGAAUGCCGUCCUCUCUCAGCUGACUGUAUUAUUAAUUUUGAACCUUGCUUGGUUUUAUCCAUCCUCUUGGUUCUGCCAGUGGAACGAACACGUUAAGCACGUUGGUGGUGCAAUGCAGUCACCAGCCCCGAAAUCGAAGGGGGAGAUCUUGCAAUAUUUUCCCAACCUGAUCGGCUAUGUUCGGAUUGUGCUGCUGGUUAUCGCUUGGCUCAGGGGAUCCUCGCCGUGGAGUUUCAUCCUGCUCUAUUGCGCAUCCAUAAUCCUUGAUGGCAUCGACGGUUGGGCUGCGAGAUAUUUUAAACAAGCAUCAACAUUCGGAGCUUGGAUGGAUGUCGUUAUUGACAUAAUUGGACGACAGCUAAUUUGGAGCCGCGUAUCGAAGUAUGGAUGGCUGGUUGGAUGCGUGGAGUGGCUAGUGUUUGUCUGCACACACCAACUGGGAGCAGCGUGGAAAUCCUCCCAUCCCGAAGAAGCCGUGUCGCUUCCCACGCCGGUGGCUUGUACCAUGCAGAAUGGUUUUCGAAGUCGGCUGGGUGUGUUUACGAUAGCGGGUUUGCAUGUCCUUCCGGUGUGGCUGUUCAUCCGGCGUCAUCGCCUAUUGACUCGUUUAUUCUUCGGCCCCGCCGCCCGUGCCGUUUCCAAGUCCAGUAUUCUGCCGGGCAACAACAUUUACGAGCAGUUGUGGCGAAUAACGGAGUACGGGGUGCUGUGGAUGUUGAUUCUCGGUCGAAUUUGGUGUUUCUUUAUUGAGAUGUGGUUUGUGUGGCAGCAUGCCAAACUGCUUCUCUUAAGCGACAUUCCCGAGGAGUACCGGACAAAAGCUAAAGUGAACGAGGAGCCCAUAAACGAAAACGAGGAAGCUGAAGCAGCCAGUGAUGAUGAAGAUUCCUUCUAACCGUUUACAGUCCAAAGUCCAAACCCCCCUUGUAAUGUAGCGUCCUUGGAUUACCCACUUAGUCCUGCACUUUUUCGUUGAUCUUAUUUUCAUGGUGAUACUUUGCGGUGCACUUUGCUGCUGUUUUUGAUUUUAUUAGUAAGGUAGAAAUAUUAUACACGCUCCAAAGAAAACAUCAAUCGUCUCUAUUUUUUUGCUGUUGAUUAUACCUAGCUUGUUGUGUGUUUGUUGUUUCCUGAUUUACUAUACAGAGUGCUGCGGAUAUUUCCUGUAGCGGACGUCGGUUAGUCUGGAAUGUCCACAAUUUUGAAUGAGCAAGUUUACCGCUGUCUAAAAUUAAAA